CUCAGCCACAACAUCGCCUUUCCAACAGGAGCAGAAGCUGCCUAGACCUUCUCUAUCAACCAUGCAGUGCGCGGAGACCAGGCUUAAUAAGAACUCCCUGCUGUUGGCACUCAAGCGCUACAGCUCAGUGGUGAACAACAUGGAACAGACCAUCCUGCUGCCCAGCCUGCUCAGAGAUGUUCCUUGUGAAGAUGCUGCAGACUGUGAGGCUGCAGAGAACAGCAUGGAUCUGUAUGAGUGCUAUCACCUGCUGAAGGUAAUCAGGAACACAGUGGAAAGCGGUCUCGUGCCCCACGAUGACAGCAAAGUCAUUAAGAACGCAGCCCUACACAAAAGCCUGGAGGCACUGCUGGAGGCAGACCAAGAGGCGUUUUUCUACUUCCAUCUGCGAGGUCUCUUCUCUGUCAUGGGCAACCUAACAAAGAUGUCACAGGAGCUGACGGGAAAAUAUCUGGAAAUUAUUGGCAUUGACCAAUAAAUUGGACUUUUAGUUAGAGGCUCUGAUGUCAGUAGCAACUGUGAUAAUUAGCCAUCAAACAGCAUCUGAAGUGGUAGCCUACUUGAAUGUGUCUUUCGCCAAGCUGUUUACAUAAAAGCUCAAUACUAACUGAGAAUGAUGUCAAGUGCAAUAAAAUACGUUGUCAUUA